AUGUCGUCGCAAGAAACUAAAACAGAUCAAAGAGAAGGAGCUGAGAUCUGCAAUGGCGGAUCUAUCUGCAAGAAAAAAGCAGACGAGAUCUUGUCGACGAUGAAUCUACCCAAAGGACUUCUCCCUUUAGACAACAUGACAGAGAUCGGUCACAACAAAUCGACCGGUUACGUCUGGAUCAAGAUGAAUAACAAGGUUCAGCAUCGGUUUAAAGCCAUCGGACGGAACGUAUCGUACGAUUCGGAGGUUACUGCGUUCGUCGAGAACCGUCGGAUGCGUGCGCUCACGGGAAUCAAGAGCAAGGAGCUUCUGAUUUGGGUUACUAUCUCUGAGAUCUUCGUUAAUGAUCAAGACAAAACCAAGAUUACUUUUGCUAAUCCGACGGGAUUGUCACGUACUUUCCCCGUCACUGCUUUUGAGGAAGAGAGUUGA